AUGAAUUUUGCUGUUAUUGGGCGCCCAUUAGGGUGCCUCAAAGCGGCAUUGAGGCAAACGAGGCAGCAGCGGGCAUGGCAGCGGCCGCUUGCAACAGCUGCGGCGCCUCGGACCCCUAAUGGCACCAAGCCUGUCCUCACAAGCCGGCAGCGUGAUCGUGAGGAGAGACUGUCUCGCUUUGAGAUUUACCCCGAGUUACCGACCGUUCGAACCAACUUCAAGGACCCAAUGCCAGCGCUGCGCCAAGCGCACAUCACAACGCUCGAUCCCACCGGCGCGAGGACCCAUCUAUUCGCUAAAGAUCAAGCUGAUGCUGCGAAGCCGGGCGAUGUGCUGAUGGUCAGUACCAAGACCGGCGAGCCGUUCUCGGGCGUCCUGGUGGAAAUACGCCGACGCGGCGUGGACACAGCCAUUCUGCUCCGCGGCCAGAUGAUGAAGACGAGCGUCGAGUCAUGGUUCAAGGUCUACAGCCCCACGGUCACUGCCAUUAACAUCAUAUGGAGACGGCCGAAGAGGGCCAGGAGAGCCAGGCUCACGUACAUGCGCAAGCCUGAGCAUGACAAGGGCAGCGUUGACCAUCUGGUUGCCGCAUGGAAGAAGGAGCGCUCAACCUUGCGCACCAAGUCUGGCUCUGGCAGCAGUGUUAGGCAGCAUAAAGCCAAGGGGAAAUAG